UAAUCAUCACACCAAAUAAUCAUUCCUUAAUCACAAACAAACUAAUUUCUAUUUUCCUUCCUCUAAAUUUUUCAAAUUUCCUCCUUUUUUUUUUGAAUGGCUUCAAGAGGAUCUCAAGUAUGGUUAGUGCUUCUACUCUUAGCAAUAGCAUUAACAUGGGGUGGAGCAAAAGCUCAAUCAAGUAGCAAUAGUUGCACAAGUGUGCUACUAAGCAUGUCUUCAUGCCUUAACUUCAUAACUGGCAACUCCUCAGCCCCGGCAUCUUCAUGCUGCUCGGCUCUUUCCAACGUCGUUCAAUCACAGCCUCAAUGCCUUUGCUCGGCUCUAAGUAGUGGCGCCGCCUCCUCUUUGGGUGUUGCAAUCAACCAAACUCGCGCUCUUGGUCUCCCCAAUGCUUGCAAUGUGCAAACUCCACCUACUAGCCAAUGCAAUGGAUCAGGUGGACCUUCAACUUCAGGUGCAGCUCCAUCAGAUUCUCCAGCAGGUGUACCAGAUGAUGAACCUCAAGGUCCAGCAGCUGAUUUUCCUUCAGGAUCUGGGUCCAAGACAGUACCAUCAACUGAUGAGUCAAAUGGAAGCACCAUGAAAUCUUCUUUUCAUAUGCUGGCUUUUAUUUUCUCAGUUGUCUCCUGUACUUCAGCUUUGGCAAUAUUUUGAGCCAUUUUGUAGCGUUAUUUAGCUGCUUGUAGGGAUAUUAAUAUAUUUGAGUGUAAUCUAUCUGUCCAAUAAUUUUUCAUGAUUAUUGUUCAAUGAGUUAGGGGAUAUAUUGGUCUCCCUUGUUAUUUUUGA